AUGAUUGUGGAAGCCAGUAUGGGGUAUUCACAACGAACUAAGGCAUUUGGUUAUGGUAACAAGUUCGUUGGGACUAGCUAUAGCCCAACAAACAGAAUAACUGAGAAGUGGCUGAAAAAAUUGAUGAUUUCAAAUUUCCAGAUAGCCGAUUUUGGCGUUUCGUGUGAAUUUGAAGGUAUUGAUGCAUUUUUGUCUGGAACCGCUGGAACACCAGCAUUCAUGGCUCCUGAAGCUCUUACUGAAGAUUCGUCGUAUUUCUACAGUGGUCGUGCUCAAGAUAUCUGGUCGCUUGGUAUUACGCUGUACGCAUUGGUUUACGGAAAUGUGCCGUUUUGGGAUGCAUAUGUGAUUGCGCUGCAUAAGAAAAUUAAAAACGAUCCAGUUAAGUUCCCUGAAGUGUAA